GCGACAGAGCCGCCAGGACUGCCAGCCUGAUCAACAGCAGCCAUCUCACCAUCAGCCCAAGAAUUACGCCUUUUGCCUCUCCCUCACUUGGGCAUCACUGGCGAGGAGCCUGGCCUGGGGAGUGAGUGGUUCUCAGCGGUGGUGCCACCAACCAACGGGCCCAGUUGAAGCGCAGGACUUGCCCUCCCCUGACCGACCCAGACUGACCAGAUGGGCAGAUUUGGUUGUCACUCGACGGGUCAACCGCACUCUACGCUACCUAGGUACCUACCUACUUAGGUACCUGGGUAGCAGUAGGUUAGUGAGAGGGAGAGGGAGAGGGAGAGGGAGAGAGAGCUAGGCGAAGCUCGCGCCAAUGUCCCCCCGCCCCCGCCGUUCCAAUCCAUCCCGCUUGGUCGCUUGUCAUGUCUUGGUCGGUCCCCUUUAUCCCUCGAACCUGCGGCUGCUGGUCUAUUUGAGCAGCGGCUGCCCCGAUCCCGCUGCCCGUCCUUUCCGUGCUUGCAAACGUUGACACACAUAUCUCUGCUCCCGGCCCUCCUUGCUGCUCCCGCCUCCUCGUCCGCUCAAGACACCCCUCCACAGAAAAAACAAGCACACAUACAUAAGCACGUACAUACACAUACACGCUCAUCAUGGCUGAUCAGCGCCCUGCUCCCCUGCGUCUGGGCACCGUCGCCCCCAACUUCAAGGCCGAUUCCACCAAGGGACCAAUCGACCUUCACGAGUAUGUCGGUGACAACUGGGUCGUCUUCUUCUCCCACCCUGAGGACUAUACCCCGGUCUGUACUACCGAGCUUGGCGAGAUGGCCCGUCUCGAGCCCGAGUUCAAGAGGCGCGGCGUCAAGUUGCUGGGCCUGAGCGCCAAUACUGUCGACUCGCACGAGGGCUGGGCUGCCGACAUCAAGGAGAUCAGUGGCAAUACCCUCAACUUCCCCAUCGUGGCUGACAAGGAGAGAAAGGUUGCCUACCUUUAUGACAUGCUUGACUACCAGGAUACUACCAAUGUCGAUGAGAAGGGUAUUGCCUUCACAAUCCGCUCCGUCUUCUUUAUCGACCCUAAGAAGACCAUUCGUACCAUCCUGUCCUACCCCGCCUCCACCGGUCGCAACAGCGCCGAGAUCCUGCGCGUCAUCGACUCGCUGCAGACUGGCGAUAAAAACAAGAUCACCACUCCAGUCAACUGGGUACCCGGCGACGACGUCAUUGUCCACCCCUCUGUCAAGAACGAGCAGGCUAAGGAGCUGUUCCCCGACUUCCGCAUCGUUAAGCCUUACCUGCGUUUCACCCCGUUGGCCAAGGAGAAGGCCACCGCCGGCAUAUAGGUGCGGAGACAAGGCCGAUGCAUGGCGCGGUCCACGAGGGCUCGCGUCUCCGUGGCCGGGACGUGGCUGGAGACAGUGGACAAGCUUCACCGUGGUUGUGGGCACUGCUUCAGGUGGCAUGUUUGGGUGAGCUCCGGACGGAAUAUCGCCUGCCGGAGCCCGACCUUUGAGUUGUGACUCCGAAAUGCGUGCCGCACACUUGCAAGAAGUAGUGGUAGUUGAAAGUGCCAAAUUUGAAAACCACAAAAUGGGAACAAGCCAGGCUACAGACAGUAGUCUUUCCAUGGCGCAAUGGAGUGACACAAUACAGUGCUGAACGAAACUUCGACGUUCCUGACCCCAAGAUUUAACGGCUUGAAAGUUGACUGGGCGGCCUUCAUGUGGGAACUUAGGUUGCGGCUUGCCAUUGCAUCCCAUCGCACGAAGGGACAUUUGCUGUAUGUGUGUCCGGGUACUUCAGCGCGUUUCGUUUGAGUAUGCUUUGACGCUGCUGGUAAGUCCAGUCCGACACCACAAGGCUUAACGGUGUGGUCUCUGGGCAAUGAAGAAGUGCACAGAAGUGGACGGCGACGGGCUUGGUCGUCGGACACGUGGAUGAAGCGGGACCAGUUGCGGCGCCUGUUAGUCGUGGCCCAGGCCCGUGGCUCCCUCAUCUUUGAACCCGGCAAUAAUGAUGGUCGUGGGCCAGAACACGGUUUCACGGGAUUGGCCUACUGGCCUACGAAGUCUUGGUAGUGGUUGGAAAUCCGGGAAUUUGGGAAUCUGUGAAUCUGGGAGAGUGGGAGGAGGGGGAACUUGAGUGAGGCCGGCAUUGGACCGGCAGAGCAAUGCCAUGGAAGGCUCGGCGUCUUGGAUUGGUAUUCCAGGCAGAGUGUAAAACAAGAUGAAUGCCUCUCUCUCUAACUGACGCCGCACUGGACUGUAGCUAGGGAAGCAUUGUUUGACCUCGAAGACAAGGCACCAAAAAGGAUUCCCAUCAUCAGCCAGGCACAG